AUGCCGAACGGUACAUCGCCCACCAAUUCUGGCCAGAACCAUGCGAACAUCGGCGAAGAUCAUGGAGACACUGCUCAGGGCAGUGGCUCGGUGCCUUCAACCGGUACUAACGGAAGUAGCCAUCAACUUAAUGGCACAGGCGACCGAGAUGAUGAUGAGCGCGACGAUGAUGAGCGCGACGAAUCAUCAUCCUCUGGAGAUGGUGAAACGCUUGUUGGUGCUUUGGUGACGAUCUAUGAGCUGCAGUUGAUUGCGCUGUUUCUCGGCGCAUCUUUCACAAUCUUGAUCUGUACCAUAUAUGAUGGAGAGGCAGAACGCAUCGCUGCUGAAGCUGAACGCAUCGAACGCGAGGUUGAUGUCCCGGCUACUGCUCCGCCCUCACCUGCUUCCCCGCCCUCGCCCAUAUUUCGUGGUGAGAUUUCUCCUCGUCUUCACCGCAAUCCGACAGAUGUCCAGUUUUCUUCUGGUUCGAUUGAGGAUCUUGCCCGCUAUAGAAGAACGCGAUCCUCAGCAGCGAUUGCAGCUAGAUAUGGGAUCAAUGGAGGAUCAAACGCGGCCAGCCGUUCAAACACGGCCAACGCAUCAAACUCGGUCAACGUAUCAAGCACGGUCAACGGAUCAAAUGCUGCCAGCGAAUCAAACGCCAGGAACCACCGUGGUGAUCAGCAAGACGACGCAAAUGGGGGCGUCGACGGAUGCAGAUUCCAGUAG